GAGCGGCACCGACGAAAAGACGCGAAUCGCCUCCCUCCGCCUGAGAUCGCUGUUGUGGCCUCGUUAAGUUUGCAGAUCGCUCUCCCUUGAAGGCUCCUUUGCUGAGCGCUCUGCCGGCACACCUGCGUGCCACGCGGCCGCGGUGCCGUGCCUCCGCACCGGGCUGCAGCCGUCCCGAGCCCGGCGGCUGUGCGGGCCGACCCCGAGCGGCUGCGUAGGAAGCCUCGUGUUGGCCGUUGAGCCACCAAUUAAAAACAAAGCUCCUCAGAGGGUGCGCUUUGAAGGAAGUAAACUCAAAUAACUUAAUGAGUGUUGCUGCUGUGCUUCAGAAAUCUCUCUGACUGUGGGGAGUUCUGACACGUAGGAUGAGAACAAUGAACUUCUGUUGCCUGUCUUGAUGGACUUAGGCUGGUAGAGGUGUUUUCUUUAGUGAUGGUUGUUCUCCCCAUUAAUGGAAGCACAUGAGGAGCAUGAUACUUCUACUGAAAAUGCAGAUGAUUCUAACCAUGAUCCUCAGUUUGAGCCCAUCGUUUCCCUUCCUGAGCAAGAAAUAAAAACUCUGGAAGAGGAUGAGGAAGAGCUCUUUAAGAUGCGAGCAAAGCUGUUCCGAUUUGCAUCUGAGAAUGACCUUCCAGAAUGGAAAGAACGAGGAACUGGUGAUGUAAAACUGCUGAAGCACAAGGAGAAGGGAACAAUUCGCCUCCUUAUGAGGAGGGAUAAAACUCUAAAAAUCUGCGCAAACCAUUACAUCACACCCUUAAUGGAGCUGAGGCCUAAUGCUGGGAGCGACAGGGCAUGGGUCUGGAACACACAUGCUGACUUUGCAGAUGAAUGCCCCAAGCCUGAGCUUCUGGCAAUCCGGUUUUUAAACGCGGAAAAUGCACAGAAAUUCAAGGCAAAAUUUGAAGAAUGCAGAAACGAAGUAGACAAGAGAGCAAAAAAAGCAGGCACAGACAAAAAUGAUAGUGCCGAUAAAGUUGCUGAAAAACUAGAGGAGCUUUCUGUAAAGGAAGAGAGCAAAGAAGCUGAGAAGAAAGAGACCAAGGAAAAUGAAGAAAAGCAAUAAAUCAUCCUGGGCCUUGCAGUUUUUUCUUUAUAUUUUUUCUUUUUUUAUUUUUACAAGGGACUUUAUAAGGAACUGAAUUCAAUGUUCAGGUUGUUUUUUCUAAGCUUUUGCCCUUUUGAAGAUGUCUUCAGAAAAUCCAUUCCCCAGUCAUGAAAAUGUACUGUGCUAACUUUCUUUUCCAUAGUGGAAACACUUAUUUAUGGUCAUCCAAAAGAGUGAAUAAAACAAACUUGAAACAGCA